AUGUCAUCCCCCUUCUCACUCCCCGCGGCCCUCAACCUACCCACAUCUAGCAGUGAGAGUGUUGCGGACGCUAUUCAUCGCUGUGCUUUGGCUUGGGACACAAACGAUGCAGCCCUAUUUGAUUCCAGUUUCAUGCCUGACGGCAUAUUCGAAGUCAAUGAUCACACCAUGAAAGGCUUGCCCGAAAUCCAUGCCAAGGGACUCGCCCUAAUCUUCAAACUUGAUACGACGCACAUAGUCACCAACGUGCGUGUCCAAAUGAGAGAGGAAAGGGAGGCCAGCCUGACAGCUACCGUGUUAGUACAACACUUUGCCAAGGGCAAGGGCAUGGAACCUGGUCAAAGGAGCCUGAUGUCAGGUAGUCUUUAUCAUGCUGAGCUAGCCAUUGACACGGAUGGGCUGUGGAAGUUCAAGCACUUAAAGAUCAAAUCUAUCUGGGUGGUGGGUGACUAUAGCAUUAUUGAAGACAACUUUAGCGAGGUUGGAUGGCAAAUGGAGUGA